AUGGUCUGUAUCAAAGGUUUCACGACUGGAAGAGCAUACGCGAUGGCGGAUAUGUCCGGCAAGAAACAGUUCGUAACAGAUCAGCACGUUCUCGCGGGGAUCGGCUCGAAGACGGAACACUACCCCUUCAUCGCCAUGUCCAGCGGCAAAUUCACAGAGGACGAGCUUGAUCGCUUCAAGAAGCUAGAUGAGCUACGCGAACUCGUCGCCUAUAGACUCAGCAAUGACGAAAUCACGAUGAUGGUGGAUCAGAAGAACCUGCUGCGGAAGAAGUAUGACCCUGAGGCCCGGGAGAACUUAGUCAGGGCAGUUGAAGACGCCAAAGCAGCAAACAACCCUAUCCUAGCGAGCCAGCUACAGGCCGAACUUGACAGCCUAGGUAAGGCCGCGGGCCUUGCAUUCAGAACCUCACUCAACCCGCAGUCGAGUAGUCUCUCGUCUAACCAACAAGAUCGCCUUGCCAAGUUGAACGCCGACAUUCGCCGACGCAACAAUGAGGAGGUACGGAGGGCGCAGCUUCAGGAAAGGCAUAGGGCCCGCGAGAUUGAGCAGAAACUGGCGCGGGGUGAAGCGGUACAGGAUGAUCCGUCGAGGCGGCUGAGGACUCGGGCUAAAUUCGUGCACGAUUUCGAGGAAGGUUCACCGAAGCCAGGCUCCAAGCCCGGAAGCGGAGCAAAUACACCCAACGGCACUCCCAAGCCGCUCUCGGAGAAGCAAGUGCUCCCGCAAAUUGCGAAAUUGCAAGAGCAAAAGUAUGCGGAAAAUAAGGGCAUUCCCACGGUGCACAAGCCCCUUAUGGACGACGACAUUAUUGCGUCUCUUGAUCUCGACAUUGACGUUGAGAUCGACUAA